AUGAGGUUUCUGAAACAGCUGAUGCCAGAACAGCCUUCACAACCGCCUCCACCGCCGCCGACCACGGCAAAGACUUCACCAGAUAACGCUUUCAACUUCAAGGAAACGAAGCCAUCGCUCGAGCUCGCCAAGCAACAACCUCCGAUCCCAAAAGUUCAGAGGCGAAGAAGUAGUUCUUUACAGAGUGGAAGCCAGAGCGGAAGCCAGAGCUUUUCCCUCCAGAAGCCUGGUCUCGACGCUAGACCUUCUUCCCCCGCAGCCCGUGGACGGAGCUCGUCGGCACAACCGCAAAGCAACAGGCUCGUGCCCUUGCCCGGAGCUCGCAACGUUUCGGCGGCUAUAGCUGCCCCAAGCCCUCGACCGUCUUCGAGUAACGGUAGUCAAAGCCCAGGCAGGGAAGGUGACAGACGUGGGCGGCUGAGAAGGAGCUGGCUGCCAGGACAACACCGAUCGAGGUCGAAUUCUCAGGACAUCAGGGGGACGCCGAGCACUUCUGCCGCAUGGAUCCUCGAUGAGACCAAGGCGGACUACAACACGGUUUUUCUCACUAGCGGCGAUAGGGUGCCUGAGCUCUGGAAUGAAGGGGGCAGUGUUCUGGUCUUCUUACAUCCCCAGGGAUCUGGGCAGGGUCCUUCGUUCAGAGUUCCGCCUUUUGUCAUUGACAACUCGCUCGGAUUUGCCGACCUCCUCUCCGCCGACCUCACAUCGCCAACAAGCUCGGGACGGUCCCGCACCCGCAGUUUCAACGGCCGUCAGAGCCUCUCGGUCGAUGAUGUGGGGCAGGCGUCGCCGCCUUUGUCUGAAAGCCAGACGCCUGGCGAGUCGAGACUAUACAUACCGGUUACUAUGGCUGGUUCGACUCCAGACCUGGACCGAAUGAUGUCCAUCCGAAACCUGUUUGCCUUCCUAACGGGACAACCAUUAGUGGGAACCAAAGCGCAACCUUCUCUCUUCAGCGCCUUCACGCGAGUUGCAGGCCUGUUGGUAGAGUUCGAGUUUACUAACGCCGAUGGUUCCAAUUUUGGAGAUGCGGUGGACAUGAGCUUUGGCUUUUUUAUGGAUCAGAUGGCGCUGGCUGAUGUGCGACAUAGCCGAGAGAAGACAUUAGAGGCGCUUGUACUCGGCGAACGUAUGCGCUCAUGGGACCUGUGGAACGAGGCCUUUACGCAUGCAGUGGGCAAAUAUACUGUCAUUCGGGACCUCAACUCUCCCUUGUGGGAGCAGGUGUCUCCCUCCACGCGGCAAAAACUCGAGCGUGCGCAUCUGGAACUUCUCACCCACCAGAAUGCAGUCAACAACCGCCUCGAGGCUUUCGACUUCCCAUCCCUCUUCUCCGGAACCGCCAACUCUACGUCGCUGACCGAGUACAAGACUGUCAAGUUCAAUAUCUGGAGGAAGUCGUUCAAUCGUAUGAGGCAAUUCGUUCUCACUUAUUACAAAGCCAGCUUUGGGAGUUGGCCACCGAAAGCUCGCAGUAAGAAGAACCCCUUCACCGAGAGUGGUCUGAAUCGACUAGUGCUGAAGAUUCUUUACACGGAUCUUUGUGCGCUCUACGAUUUGACCGUUGAUCGCGAAUCGAUUACCCCUCGUGUCAUUGACCAGAGCGCCGAUGAUAUGGAGAGCGACGACAAGAGGCCAGCCAUUGCAGCUCUGCGCAGAGUUCUGGGAGAGUUUGAUCAAUCGUCGCCACCUGUCCUCCCUCCACUUCCUUUCGAUGUUCCCAAGCUCCCCGAUAUGAAGUCGGUCAAGGAUAACUACUACGAUCUGCCACAGAAGGACCAGGCGAGACUGGAGAAGAAUCUGCAAGAGAACGAAUUCUUGCUCAUCUUGAACAAGUCGUACAACUUCGACACUCUGAUGCAGAAAAAUCCUUUCUUGGACGAGUACAUGGAAUUCGAGCAGAAAGAAGCCAAGGGUAAGUCCGUUAGCGAGAUGGUCGAGCAGCGAAUCGGGCACUGGCUCUUCCUCUACGUUGUCAUCCAGUCAUUGCCAAUGCUAGUGGUUGAUGCCCCAGGCCUGAAGUUCACCGACGCCGUCGAGUACUUCCUCUGUCAACCGCCCAAAGGUCAUCCCCCUUGGCUGGGUGAUGCCCCUGAAGUUCGCAAGAAGUGGUACGAAGUGUCGGGCGGUGGCGGCAUUGUGGAGCUCAAUGCUGAUUCUGUUGAGUUCUCCAUCGAGGCCAUCUACCACAGAAGCCACUGCUGGGAGGCGGCAAAACGGUGGGAAGCCGAUGCAAAUGCUGCACCACCAGUUCAGGAACUACCCUUCUCGCCCCUGCAGGCGCCGCAAAGCGUGUUUACCGAUAUGGACCCGGGCAGCUCUCAAACGGCAGAACACAGCGAAUCAUCGCCUGGAGUUUCGCCAAGUCCGGCUCUCCGGCCAAGAACCAACUCGCCAGGUGGUAGAUCUGCCUAUCGGUCCAGUAUCAUCAUGGGCCUCGAAGAGCUGCCCGUUCCCGGCUAUGCCUCCAUAGACCGCCGGGGCUCGCGCAUCUUCAGUGCCGGAGAGACCCGGCCACAUGCUUCUCGUCCCACGAGCGCAUUCAUGGGGCGAAGCGUAUCCUCGAGCAACUUACACGACGCAGGAUCGGUGGCCUCCCCGGAGUCCACUGGCAGCGGCGGCCGACAGGGAUCGCAAGGUGGAAGCACGUUUGACGACAUUUUGAAGGAUAUGGAUAAGAAACCAAAGAAGAAGAAGUCAUCCUUGUUCUUUGGUUGA